AUGAGUAGGGAUGGAACAUACGGUGGUAAUGCUGAAUUAGCUGCCAUUAGUGAAUUGUACAAUGUUGCAAGUAUUCAAAAAGUUACAGAAAGGAAGGUUUUAGUAUUAUAUAAUGGCGAACUUGAUAACGGCCACUACGAUGCUCUCUUUCCCAUUAACGAUCAUAAGCAUGAAAGAAAUGUAGAAGGAAAUGAAACAUCACAAGACAGUGAAAAAGACAAAAGAAUGAGAAUUCAAACACUUAAAAAAAUGAUCAAAGACUUAAUCAUACUAGUAAUUCUCCUGAUUACUUUUAUUUAUAUGACUUUCUACUUGUACUUCUGGCUUGUGCUUGAUAAUUAUUCAGAUGAUUUUAAUUGGUAUUUUACAGUAAAGUUUAAACUGAAAUAUUUACCAUGGUAUACAAUGAUACUGUGCAGAAUAGGGAUUGGGUCUGGGUAUCUUGCAAUUUUAGUGGGUCUAUCAAUAUAUCGUAUUUCUAUGGGACAUGAAGUACAUAUACAUCCAUUCCAUGUAGUGAUGAUAAUCAUCAAUUUUUUGAGUUGCAUUGGCUACACAAUUGCCUUGAAUACUUUCUGGCCAUCUGUGUGGGCAAUGCUGAAACUAUCAUUUCAAAUAGUCGGUCCAUUUAUUCAUGUUGGUCUGAUUGUGAUCUUUACUAUCCUCACUUGGAUACUGAUAAGACAGUGGUACAUCUUAGACCGAUUCCGUUUAAAACUGUUAACUUUAGUAGCAUACAUGGCAAUUCUAGUUGGCCUGUAUGUCAUUCCACUGUUUAUUGAAUCUCCAUGUGUUCGACCAGCAGAUAGUUUGCCUUCCAAACCAAGAUUAUUUGCCCACCGAGGUGCGUCAGGGAUUGCACCUGAGAAUACUUUAGUUGCAUUCCAAUUAGCUGCGAACCAAAGUGUCUAUGGAUUUGAGUCAGAUGUACGAAUAAGUUUAGAUGGAAUUCCGUUUAUUUUACAUGACAAAACAUUACGACGGACAACCAAUAUUGAAGAAGUAUAUCCCGACCGAGUGGAUGAUGAUGCUUCUACAUUUACAUUUGAUGAAUUGCGGAAACUCAAUGCUGGAAGCUGGUUUUUAGAGGAAGAUCCAAUGGAUGUUGUUGGAUCUCUUACUGACAAAACAAAGGAAAUCUACAAUAACCAAACCAUUAUGUCUUUGGAAGAAUUGAUUGACUUAGCAAACUUGACAGGGAAGAAUAUUUUUAUAGACGUACAAAUCCCAGUCAAGGAAAAUCCUUAUUACCAUACAGCUUAUAAAAAAGCUGUUGAUGUGAUACUGAACACUGGAAUUCUUCCUAAACAGAUUUGGUGGUUCUCAAAAGUCUAUCAUUCAGCAUAUACCACCAAUUUUACACAAACUGGGACAAGUUAUCUACCAGUUGAAGAUCUCGUAAAAUUGCAUAUCUCUAAUUUCAAUGCUAGGUAUGAUUCACUUAGUGAAGAUGAAAUCCUACUAUUCACUUUCAUUUUUAUUGUUUUCAGACAAUAUCGUGAAUCCAACAUUACUACUAAUGUCUACUUGGUUAAUUCAUACUGGCUGUUUUCCCUGUAUUGGUGUCUGGGUGUACAAUCUGUAACAACAGAUGAAUGUCAUGUCCUCAAUAAAAUUGAAAAACCAUUAUGGCAUUUGACUCCAGGAACAUAUCUCAUGACAUGGGUUUCAGUUGAUAUAAUAUCUGCUAUCAUCAUCAUCACCAUACUUAUAGUACAAUGGGUCCGGUUAUUGGGAACACGCUUCAAUCCAGAGACAAUUUCGUUACAUUCUCAACAGACAAUGACUAUCCUUACAGACCAGUAUCAUUCUACUUCAAGACCUAUGAAAGAAAAUCUAUUAUUUACUGCUGACUAACUUGAAG